CACGCACACUCAUGCAAGAGGAUUGCAGCAUUCAUCUCUUGCAUUGGAAUUAUACUCCUUAUUCAGCAUCUCCUCCUCCUCCUCAUGUGUGUUUGGUCUGGCAAGCAAACGUGGUUAGCACACCGCCACUCGACAAGGAUACGCAGUCGGGUCUUUCGGUCGUCGAGUCUGGUUGGGAUUGCGCAUCACUGCGCAUUGACUGCACACACACACUGACACCAGGCUCACCACAAGGUGCAUGGCAACUCUUUCAAGACACUCUCUCUCGCCAGCAACAGGGAACCUCAUCACAAUGCAACGUGACAGUGUCCAUGGACGGUACCGCAUUCCUAGUUCAUCAUCAAGACUCGAUCCUAUUGCAUAAACGCAUACCACAUGAUCAUGACCGACCAACGCUGUUGGGAGCCCUCUCCACCGCCUACCAACGCCGCCUGUGCACGCUGGCAGGAAACGUGACACUGCAUGCUCUAGAGUCGCCACACCCACAAUUGCAAUGGAUAUUGACUGUCCGCGUGUAUUUGACCCAUGCUGCCUUGUUGCAGUCCCAAGCAGACGCACUCGAUUCGCAAAAGCGGAAUCAAUGUGUGGAGCUCAUUCAUCUCUUUUCUUUUCUGCACCCAAAUCACUCGAGUGAUUCACAAUAUCUCACAGUCCCCAAGGGGGACAUUCAGAACGCACCCAUUGUGCCGUCCGUCUAUCCCAUUCCAGAUACUCCACAUCUCCAACCUUCCACUCUUGUCCCAACUCUCCUCCCAUUCCAGAAACGGGCCGUUGGGUGGAUGCUAGCAAGAGAACAUGUCACAUUGGACGCUCAUGGAUGUGUCGUACCCCGCACCAUCCGCGAUCCACCGCUCUUGACCUAUACCGUCCCCACAGAGCAUGGACACACGCUCUUUGUGCAUCGGUUGACGGGUGCCGUGUCGCUGGAUCAACCGUUCAUGCUGGAAAAUGAACAACAAGUCUUGGGUGGCAUUUUAGCGGACGAGAUGGGUCUGGGAAAGACGGUCAUGGUUCUGGCCUUGAUUCUUCUUCACGAACGUGCACGGGCCUUGGCGGACCGUGUCUCGAGCAGUGACAUGCAGGGUGUAAAGGAGCAAGCUAGGAAUAGGACCAUCAUAGACGGCGGGAAUCGCAGGAAUGGCAAAACUAGUAAGAACGGCCAAAUUGUACCGGACACAAAUGACCAUGACUACUGCACAUGGUGCAAAGCACCACCGAGCGAUAAAAUUGAAUUCUGGAUAGCAUGUGACGAGUGCGAUAAAUGGUACCACGGGCGAUGCGUCGGAUUGACGCAAAAGAGGGCAAGACGACUGGAUCGCUAUGUGUGUCCUUCCUGCGAGGAGGCAAUGGAACGGGAUCAAAUCUCUAAUCCAAUCCCAACCUCUGGGACACUCAUCAUUGCGCCAUCCGUCAUCAUUGAACAAUGGAUGUCGGAAACGCACCGCCAUGCCCCUUCGCUCACUUGUCUCGUGUACGAAGCGGACCCAGCCAAACCCAUCACUCCCACUGAACUGAGUAGGUACGAUAUCGUGCUGACAUCAUAUGAUUCGCUGAGGCGGGAAGUACAUGCAGCAAAACCCGAACCUGGACGGUCCAGACGGUAUGCGAAAAAGUACAAGCGGCGCUUGUCGCCCCUCGUGCGGCUUAUUUGGUGGAGAGUCGUUCUGGAUGAAGCUCAAAUGGUCAAAACAUCCGUCUCGCAAGCAGCUGAAAUGGCCCGCCUCCUCACGUGCAUCCACCCAUGGGCCGUCACAGGAACACCUAUGGGCAAGAACGGUACAUCCGACCUCUACGGCCUUGUCAAAUUCCUCAACAUUCAACCCCUUUCAUCUUACCCACACAUGUGGUGGCAGCUCCAAAACCACCCCCUCUUCCACGCGACGCUGGAACGCUUUAUGCAUCGAAAUUUAAAAUCCCUUGUAAAGUCUGAACUCACCAUCCCGCCGCAGACGGAGCGGAUUGUGCGGCUAGAGUUUUCGCGGGUUGAGCGGGCGUGGUAUGAUCAAUUGGUUGAGCGAAUGAUGGAGGAGGUGCGGGCACCUGGGUUUGGCACGGGGAAGCGGGCCGAAGAAAUGAGGCAGACUCGGUUGACGGGUUGGUUACUUCAAUUGAGACAGGCGUGUUGUCAUCCACAGGUGGGCACCCAGAAUCGGCGUGCGCUGGGCGGCACGCUCCGGACCAUUGGACAAGUCCUUGAGCACAUGCUCAAACAAGCCGUAUCGAAUUUAUUGACGUGUGAACGACAGCUUUAUGUAACGAGAAUCUAUAGGGCCCAAUUGCACGAGUUUAUUGCCAAGCAGUCCGGAUGGGAAAAAGGAGCGGAUACUUCCCUCGAGAUUUACCAUUCAGUAUUGGGCAAUGUCCAACACACCAUAAACUCUAUCCAACAAGAACUGGCCGCCGUGGAUGCCCGACGGAAAGAAUUGGGGUAUACGACCCACGACGCCGAUGACGGGUUUGACCUGCCAGACGAGGAUAGCCCUUCCCUGACCGGAUCAUCUGACCUCCACGACGACCUCAUCGAUGAGCAAUCUACUCUUACAUCCCGUCUACACCUCUGGCAAGAACUCGAGCAUCGUAUCCUCUACUUUAUCGCUUCUGUUUACCAUUCCAUUAAAGACGAACCCCGCGAAGCCGAGUACUAUAAACGCGCUGAACAGAUCCGUCGAUGCAUUUUAGGGCCUGUUGAACAGGAUGUGCGUGUCAUGACCGCGCGGUUGGAGCGGUUCGUGUCUAAUACGUGGGGCAAGUUGGAGGAAGGCGGGGGAAUGGUCGUUGGGACUGUACCCAUCAGUGGGAUCUGCACUGCGGACGUAAUGGAGCGCGUGCAAGAGAUUGUAAGGCGGUUGGAUGGGCAGUGGGGGGUGAUGAGGGGAUGGAGGGAUUGGAUUCGGGGUGCCGUCACGGCUCCCCUUGAGGAUGCAUCCGAUGGGAGUACGGAACAGGGUCAACCGUCUCAACGUAUCGACCCACCCACUGGUGACGAAUACCAAAAAGGUAUCGACCUCCAAUCUACGGCUGACGUUUACCAAAACUGGUACACGGUCGCCCUUGAAGAUCGUCGCCAACUCUUGACGGGCCAUCGAACCAUGGGUGGCAUGCGCGGCCGAGAGUCCCAAAACCCUCAAGAAAAAGCUUUAAGAAGCGAAUUGGAUCCGUUCUUGUUACCGGCCUCGUGUGUUUCGCUCAAGGAUUUGGUGAACGAGCUGCGUCGUAUGAGGCAGAGGAUUGUGUCGGAGGUUGAGGUCCAGUUGGUCCAGGAGGCACACAAUAUCGUCUCGAACGUGUAUGAUGACCAAGUAGCCAAACUUGGUAUCUUACAAAAGGAAUCCACUGCCUUUGCCAAACUCUUCAACCUCCGCAUCACAUACUACCGCCAACUCCAAAAAAUCUCUGACGGCGUCAUCCCCCCUCCUGAACCCCCGUCCAUACAAGCCUCCCUCCAUCAAACCAUAACAGAGGAAGCAGACCUUACAUCCCAAAUCACGCAGCUCGCAGGACGAAAACGCUAUUUGGAGCAUUUACAACGUGACACGGGUGAACAGGAAUGUGCGAUUUGUAAAAUGGGUGUUCGGGAAGGGGUUUUGACGCCUUGUGGGCAUAUUUAUUGUGCAGAGUGCGUACGAGGAUGGAUUCACCGACAUCGGAAAUGUCCCAUGUGUAAUCAACCCGUUAUGCCUGGUACAACCACCCCAGUCUCCCUUCAACCGCUUCCACCCACCUCUUCCACCACCACAACCACCGACACCCUCUCCGACACGACAGACGAGGCAACAACCACCCUCUUAUCCCAUCUCUCCAAUAUCCCCCUCAAAGGCUCCUUUGGCACUAAACUUGACACCCUCAUCCGACACCUCAAACACCUCUCUACCCCCUCCCUCGUCUUUUCCCAAUGGGACCAAGUCCUGGAUAUCCUUGCCCAAGGACUAACCCGCAACAACAUCUCCUACGUGAUCCUCGGAAAAUCCCCGAACGCCAUCCAACGCUUCCGGGAAACGAACGUUCAGGUCUUGUUAUUGAAUGCUAGGAGUCAGAGUGCGGGGUUAUCACUGACGUGUGCUGCCCAUGUGUUUUUGGUUGAGCCUGUCGUGUAUCCUGAAUUAGAAGCCCAAGCGAUUAACCGUAUCCAUCGAAUCGGCCAAACACGUCCCACAACCGUCUGGCGAUACCUCAUGCAAGGCACACUUGAAGAGCGUGUCUAUGGGUUACGCUAUCGCCCACGUGGUGCAUGUAAGGUCCGAAAAGCGGGGGAAGUUGUCCAUAUGGAGGAUGUUGGGUGGUGUUUGUUUGGUGAAAAUACAGUUGUAUCUGAGGAAACAGGUUCUGAGCAACAAGGUCAAGUCCAAGUUGAAACUGGAGAAUCGGAUGACGAUAUGCCCAUACAAUGGGAUGAAGACGCUCAAGCCCUUUUAUCCGCUUUGCGGCAUCAGGUUGAGAAUGGGACACUUGAGACUGUGCAGAGUCGGAGGGGACGGGGACGGGCUGGUGUUCGGAGGGGUCCGUCUAGUGGGUUAUGGUUGUAGCAUCCGUUUUUGGGGGUGAGGAUUUUUAUGGGUUUUUUUUAUUGUAUAUUGAGUGCUUAUGCAUGGAUUUUGAUACUGUGUCAUUAGGUUGAGAUAUUGUUUAUUAGUUGCUGUAGAGUUGGAUGGUGGGGAUGGGCUUGUGCGGAGACAGUCUAGUGGGUUAUGGUUGUAGAAUGCUUGUUUUGGAGUGUGUGAAUGUUUAUAAUGGGUUUUUUUUAAUUGUAUAAAAAUGUAUGGGUCUUGCAC